UAAUACUUCAAAUGAUGCUAAUAAUCUUGAAUUGCCUUUAGAAAAUAACAGUUUUAGCGAAGAGCUUUUAGAUAUGACAAUUAAUGAAAGUCCCUAUAAUGUACAAAAUAAUGAUGAUAAUAUACUUCAUUAUGAUUUAAAUGAAGUAUAUGAACUUAUAAGUAAGCUAUUUGAAGAAUUUAAAAUAUCUAAUAAAUCUACACAUUUUGCUUUUGAAAUCGAAUUGGAACAAGACCUUAUUAUAGCCUCUCUAGAUCAACAAAAUUUAACUGAUGUAUCUGACUUGAAAGCAAUUGAAAAAAAAUUCUGCCAAUUUGCAAAGAUACUUAUUGUUCCACUUGAGUCCGGUUCUGAGUAUUAUUAG